AUGCUGGCAAGAUCCGGCGAGUGGGGCUCAGAGCUCCUGUCAGCACUGGCAGCAGAAGCUUUGUCACAGUCGCAGGUUCUGGGACCAGCCGGUAUUGCAUCAGCUGUUCAGGCAUUGUCCAGGCUCGGCGCUUUAGCUGAGCCACGGUGCCACCUGAGCCAGCGUUGGCCAAGCCUUUUGACGAAAGGCAUCGGUCAGAAGUUGCAGGUUUCCUUUCAUCAAGAGUCGAGCCAACUGGCACGGUUGGCCGCGGCACUCAUGCGGUCACUUUUGGUUUUGGAACGCCGACUUAGUGUGGCAGAGGCUGCAAAGGGAGCUCAUUUCUGUACGUUGGCAUUUGAUUCCACUGUGCUGACAGAGUCCGAGCGAGCAGAGGCUAAGGCCGGCCUCGCGCGCUUGCUGGAGCGGCUUAGCUGGGACAGGCAGCGUUGGUCCACCGAGGACACCAAGUUGGUGAAGGAGGUGGCAACCCUCCUUCGAUCUGAAUAUCCGGAGCUGCUGCAGAGCAAUUGGGUUCCACGAUCCGUUGUGACAACGAUUGAUUUCACAAGAUAG